AUGAAGUUGCUGCUACUUUUCGCUGUUACUCUGCGCCUCUUCCUACUCAUGGGAACCGAGGCACGGGCUCGCUUGUACAACGACACCACUCCCGAUAUGAGUAAACAAAGGUACGUCGUCUCGAUACAAGAGAUCAUAAACGAUAAUAUGGAUUCGAAACACCUGUGUGGGGGCGCCAUAAUCGACAAGUUCUACGUUCUCACGGCUGCCCACUGCGUCAUCGGUUUCCAAGCCAAUGAGCUGCUCGUGCGAACUGGCCAAGUAGACGAGCUCGAUGAUCCUGUUUUUCACACUGUGGCCAAGUACAUGUACCUCGAGACCUAUUACAACUCGAGCUACCGCUCUCACGAGAAAGACAUUGCUAUACUGAAGGUGGAUUCGGGCUUUCACAUGACUUACGAUGUAAUAUACCAGAAAGUUCAUUUACCUAACUACGACAUUGAUUACGACGAUAGACCGGUCGUAUUCAGCGGUUUUGGAGCCGAGAAGUACGAAAUAACGAUAAACAAAACGUCGAACGAAACAACUAGUUCGUUCUUGUUUCCUAAGCAGCUCAAGUACUUUGAAUCUAAAAUUCUUCCAAUCGAGGAAUGCAAGGUGAAGAUGCCCAUAACUGUGAACAACGAUCACAUAUGCACCAACCCCGAAGCUUCUAAUGGCAUCUCGUGUGUGGGUGAUGGUGGAGGUCCUCUUGUUUAUACCGGUAAUAAUGGUGACAUUGUCAUUGGCAUUCGUAUUCAGCACAGGGAGUGCUCGGAAGAGUUGCCUGAAGUGUUCACCAGAGUCUCGUCGUAUAUGUGGUUCAUCGAUCGUGUAUUACACCACAUUCCUUCAUUGGACAUCGCUACGGUGUACUAA